AUGGUGCUGUGGUCGCAAUUCCUCGUCUCCGCCUCGGAGAUGGUAGUGAACGGGUCAGCAACCGACAGUUUCCAUUUGCACCUAGACAAAAUUGAUGAGAGUUGGGCGCAAAAACUACCAGCCCUGGAUUAUGCCAUUAUCUCAGCCGGCCACUGGUUCUUCAGAACCAACUACGUGUCCGAGGGUGGUCGUUUUCUUGGAUGCAUUUACUCCCACGAUCCUAACGCAACGUACCUGACCCCUGACAUUGCCAUCCAAGGAGUUUUUAGGCUUGCUCUUAAGUCCAUCAACGACUGCAACAACUGCUCGAGGAUGCUAACUUUAGUGAGAACAUUUUCACCAGCCCAUUUCGAGAAUGGCGCAUGGAACAUGGGAGGGACUUGCAAUAGAACAAGCCCACUUGCUCCAGAAGAGAUUAACUACAAUGGCGUGGAAUGGGAUAACAGGAAUGUCCAAUUAGCAGAGGUUGAAAAUGCACACAAAUUGGGAGAGAAAAGGGGGAGAACAUUUGAUGUUUUAGAUGUUACUGGAGCUAUGUCAAUGAGGCCUGAUGGCCACCCUGAUGUACAUUGGGAUCCCUUCUGGGCUAAGGGAACCAAAACUGAAAAAUGUGACCUAUCGAAGGGUCGUUGGACUCAAGAUGCUAGAGGGCCUUUGUAUACAAAUUUCAGCUGUAAAACACUCCCUUACCAGAGGAACUGUUUCUUGCAUGGGAGGAUGGACAGGGACUUCCUUCAAUGGAGAUGGAAGCCCGAUCAAUGCGACCUUCCUGUCUUCAAUCCCAGGAGCUUUCUAAACAUUGUUAAAGGAAAGACGAUGGGUUUCAUAGGUGACUCACUUGCCAGGAAUCACAUGAAUUCGCUUCUCUGUUUAUUAUCUGAGGAGGAAACCCCACACGAAGUAUACAGGGAAGAUGAGGAAGGGAAGACCAUAAUAUGGCACUUGCCUCGUAACAACUUCACCAUCAUGGUGCUGUGGUCCCCAUUCCUCGUCUCCGCCUCAGAGAUGGCAGUCAACGGCACCGAAACCGGCGGUUUUCAUCUGCACCUAGACAAGAUUGAUGAGAGUUGGGUGCAAAAACUACCAGCCCUAGAUUAUGCCAUUCUCUCAGCCACCAACUGGUUCUUCAGACCCAACUACGUGUACGAGGGUGGUCAUUUUCUUGGAUGUAUUUACUGCUCGGACCCAAACGUGACGCACCUUGGCCCUGACAUUGUCAUACAAGGAGCUUUUAGGCUUGCUCUUAAGUCCAUCAACGAUUGCAACAGCUGCUCGAGGAUAGUAACUUUACUGAGAACAUUCUCACCAUCCCAAUUCGAGAACGGCACUUGGAACACGGGAGGGACUUGCAAGAGAACACGCCCAUUUGCUCCAGAAGAGAUUUACAACGGUGGCCUGGAUUUGGUUUACAGGAACGCCCAACUGGCAGAGAUUGAUAAUGCCCGCAAAUUGGGAGAGGAAAAGGGAAGAGCAUUUGAUGUUAUAGAUGUUACUGAAGCUAUGCUAAUGAGGCCUGAUGGCCAUCCUGGAUUACAUUGGGAUAACCGAUGGAACAAGGGACUGAGUGAUUGCCUCCAUUGGUGCUUGCCAGGGCCUGUUGAUACUUGGAAUGAAUUUUUACUUGAAUUGCUCCAAAGACAUUCCAGCUUCCCUCUUAGCUCUAGAAGUCAUGCAGCAGCAGAAAUUAAAAAAUUACUACUGCAACAGUGAAACAGUUUUGGACUCCAAGAAAAAAGUCACCAAUGAAGCCAACAGUUUGAUAGAGGUUUAACCGGUCUUAGAGGCAAUGAUAUGUGGGCUGUGUUUUUGCAGUUAAUAUUGAAGGGACUCUCAGCAAUUAUAACAGUAAUAGCACUAUGCAAUUCAUGGUUCGGAAUGGAUGAAUUCGAAAUUGGACAGAUUAGAUUGAUUUUG